GAACCAUCGAAUUGCUACCUACCCCUCAUCCAGCUUUUGCCACUCGAUACUACCACCUUCAUAUGCCAUCUCUCUCACGCUCGACCAUCCUCACAUCCCUUAUCGUCUUGAUCUUUAGCAUAUACAUGCUCCCUACCAUCUUGAGAACAGCCUCGAACCGUCUCGCACCACUCGCACGCAAAUCCAUCCUUACCCCGUCAAGAGUCGGAGUCGCCACAACAACUCCUCUCGCCGCGUUCUCACUCUUCAACCUGGGUAAUACCGCUAGUUUCGGAAGUAUGGGCAGGAACGAUAUCGGAAACGACGAGGCUCCCUUGGAGCCCAAGGUCGUCAAGCAGGAUUCGGAAUGGAGGGCCCAGUUGAGUCCCGAGCAGUUCCGAGUCUUGAGGCAAAAGGGAACUGAAGCACCCGGUUCAGGAAAGUACAACAAGCACAAGGAAGACGGUGUAUACACUUGUGGAGCAUGUGACGCUCCCCUUUACAAGUCCAAGACCAAAUUUGACUCUGGGUGCGGCUGGCCUGCUUUCUACGAAGCCAUCCCCGGCGCAGUAGGGAGGAACGUGGAUAGGAGCAUGUUCAUGGAGAGGAUCGAGAUCGUUUGUAACAACUGCGGAGGACAUCUCGGCCACGUCUUUAAGGGCGAAAAGUUUGGAAACCCGAUCGACGAGCGACACUGUGUCAACUCGAUCUCGAUGGAUUUCAAGGCCGACGAUCAGGCCAAGGCUUGAGGCUGGGCUUUGUUGUUCGGCAGGUCGCGGUCGAUGGCAAAAGGACGGGGAAGCAAGGGUUGAUGUGAUGAAACUGCUGUAAUAUAUCGAUGCAAUUAAAGUGAAACAAAAUAUUCUCAAAUGGCCAUCA